GAGACGAAAACAUAUUGAUCUCCUUGGCUCAUCUGGCUGUCACUCAGCUUAUUUAUUUCUGAUGAUACUAUUUUUGAAAAUAAACUUGAGAAUAUAAUGGAAUUUGUAUAAUAAAGCCAUUGAACUGAGCUCGAAUUAAAAUCGUGCAGAGGAAGUGCAAUAAGAUGGCAUCCGAAUAUUUUUUCUCCUUUUUGAUUUUGUUGAGCCACAAUGUUCUGCUGCACUGUGCGUCGGCAGCGGUGCACAGCCACAGCCUGGACAACAAUAUAGAACGAGAAUCGGACGGCAGCUACCGCUCAAGAGACUUCGAUCACUACAACGACGCCGGCCACAACUCGGAGUUCGACCAUGAAGCCAUUUUAGGGAGCGUGAAGGAGGCGGAGGAGUAUGACAAGCUCACCCCGGAGGAGUCGCGGCGGCGCCUGGCGCUGCUGCUGCCGAAGAUGGACCUGAACGGAGACCAGAACAUCGACCGCUUGGAGCUCAAGAAGUGGAUACUGAACUCUUUCAUUAAUCUGUCUCGAGAAGAGGCAGAGGAGCGGAUGUCGGAGGUGGACGACAACCGGGACGGGGUGGUGUCGUGGGCCGAGUACCUGCAGGACGCCUUCGGAGUGGACACGGAGGAGGAGGUGGGCCCGGAGGACACGGGGGACUCUGGCAUGGUAGGGCUGCUACGCGAAGAGAAAGAAAUGUUCAAAGCGGCGGACAUUAAUGGAGAUGGAGUGCUGGAUAUUGUUGAAUUUGAGGUGUUCACCAACCCGGAGGAGCAUGCGGCCAUGCACCCGUACCUCGUGAACCAGACCAUGCGGGAAAAGGACAAAAACAACGACGGACGCGUCGACUUCAACGAGUACAUCGGGGAGCGGGGCUCGUCCGAGGACAAGGCGUGGCUGGUGUCGGAGCGCGACAAGUUCGACCACGAGCUGGAUACCGACGGCGACGGCGUGCUCAGCCUGCGGGAAGUCGAGAAGUGGGUCAUUCCCGACAACGAAGAAAUAGCAGAAGAAGAAGUGGACCAUCUGUUCGCGUCGGCCGACGACGACCACGACGACUUGCUGUCGUUCGCCGAGAUCCUCGCGCACCACGACGUGUUCGUCGGCAGCGAGGCCACCGACUACGGCGGCGACUUGCUCGGCGAACACUUCGACGACGAGCUCUAGGCAGGUUACACACCACAGGCGCGGUUCCAGCCCUCAAAUAUGUGGAAUAGCCACCAAAAAUUAGCAAAGUGAGAAUUGGAUUGGAGUACGAACUCAAUCACGCUCGAUUUAUUAAAGGCUCAUCAGUCAGCCGUUUUUAUCAUCAGCCUAUCGAUCUUAUCAAUAGAUCAUAAAUAAAACAAGCAAAUUAGGGUUGUGGGCAUGCCCACAGUGCCCACAACGGUGGAUCCGCGCCUGACAGACCAGGGCCCCGAUUACGCUAAAAAUGUUCAUCUU